AUGGGUAGUUCGGAGAAAGCGUUCAAGGCCUUCGAAUUCAGCAUGUUAAUAGAUGAAUCUAUUAGCGCCGUCAUUAUUGAUAACCUUGAUGAUCGAUAA